AUGUUUAGCCAUCUUCGUCGAGGAAAUAGCCAUGAAUUCAAUGAAGCUUCAAAGCCUACAAAUCCAAUGAAUGGUAAUGCAGAACGUUGGAAAUCAUCAGACCAAGUUAAUUCAUCAUUUUUAUCAAACAAUUUAUUAUCUGAUGCUUAUACACCACGUUCAAUUUCAACCGCAUACAACCCUGAUUUAUCACGAGCACUUCGUUUCGAUGCUUAUUUAUUAGCUAUUGUACGAAUUGAAGAUAAACGAAAUGCUUUUUAUUCGGCUGAAAUUGUUAGUAAAUUACGUCAAAAGGAACAAACACAAAGUUUUAUUAAUAAACCAUGUUCAUUAUUUGUUACUGAUCGUUCACUUGUUAUAUUCGAUCGAGCAUCACAAGUUAUUGCUGAAACUAUUCCACUUGAAAAUGUCGAUCCAACAUGUGUACAUGCUGAUGUACCUGAUACACUUAAUGAUAUAUUUAUGUAUCGUUUAAUUGAUCGACAAUUAGUAACAACAAUGAGUAAUGCUAGUAGUACAAAUAAUAAUGAAUCAUCAUCUGUUAUUGUGUUUAAAUGUUCAAAUAAUGAAGCAAAAAUACUUGUUGAUAGUAUUCGAACUUCUACUGGUAAACCAUUAAAAAAUCUGAAAAGUACUUACAUAGAUGCACGUAAUGUCAUUGAACGUCGCAAUACUGAUAUUUAUUAUCCUAGUACAACUAUUGUAAAUCCACCAAUAAGAAUGGAACCAUUACAAUUUAAUAAUUCAUCAAAUAUAGUAAAUACUCAACAAACACGAACUACAAUUCAACCAGCACAAACUACAAUUCAACCAGCACAAACUACAAUUCAACCAGCACGAACUACAAUUCAACAAGCACAAACUACAAUUCAACCAGCACGAACUACAAUUCAACAAGCACGAACUACAACUCAACAAACAACAAUAGCUGCAACAGAUUAUUAUAAACGUUUAACAGAAGAAUUAAAUAAAUGUUUUGAUGAUAUUGAAUUAUUUGUACGUUAUCUUGAAGCAUUAAUGGAAUAUACCAAAGAAUUAGAACGUGAUCAUAGACGAAAAGAGAAAAAAUCAACUACUGGUUUAAAACAAAUGGUUGAAAAAGUUCCAGAUGAUCUUUAUUUUAUUGAUAUAUUACAAAAAUUUAAACAUUCAUUUAAUUUAUUAGGUGAACUCAAACAUAUUAUACAUAAUCCAAAUGCACCUGAAUUAGUACAUUAUUUAUUAUCACCAUUACAAUUUAUUUUAUAUACAUUACGUACAAAACAUCCAAAUCAAUUAAAAAUUGCACAAGAUAUAUGGGUACCAGGUUUAACCAAAGAAGCAAAAGAAUUAUUAUUAAAUUGUUUAACAUCCAAAGAACAUGAUAUUUUACGUAAUCUUGGUCCAGCAUGGGUUCGAGCAAAUGAUGAGUCAAUACCAAAAUUUUCUGAUUAUCGACCAGUAUUUCUCGAAGGUCGCGCUGUAUGGGUUCAAAAUGCACCAAUAGAGUAUCCACAACCAACACCAUUACAACCAACACAUAGUACUGAUCAUACAAGAGUUACUCAUCCUUUUACUAGAUUCGAUGAACGACAACAAUUUAUUUCAAAUACUACUCACCCAUCAAAUCAGAAUAACAAUAAUAAUGGUAUAUCAACAACUUAUACUACUAAAAUAGUUCAAGAACCUUCACCAAUUGUUGGACAUUUUGAUACAUCAACUGUUGAUCGUUCAGUUAAAAGUACUAUGUUAGAAAAUUAUAAUUCUCAGAUGCAGAAUGAACAUGCUUGGGCUAUUGAUCGAAAACGAGCUGGAGCAAAAAUUUGUGCUGUAAGAAUGGAUCGAAAGGGACAUAAUAAUAGAGAAUUAACUGUACGUCGUGGUGAAUUAAUUGAAAUUGAAGAUAGUUCAAAGAAAUGGUGGCGUGCAAGAAAUUUUCAUGGUGAUGUUGGUCAUGUACCAAAUAAUAUUGUCGAAGAAAUUGAAAUUGAACAUCGACCACUUAAAAUAUCACCAUCGAUGCCAUCUGUCACAAAUUUACAUCAUUCUUUAACAACUACAAAUAGUCGUUUGCGUAAUAAUUAA